AUGAGGAAAAUCGAAAUCCUUUAUUUCAAUACUUAUUUCCAUAUUACUAACUACGUCAACGACGACUGCGUCAAAAUCUACGACCUCGCCUCCUCUUCCGAGGUAGGAUCCUUCCACCACUCCGCCUCCGUCACAUCCGUCGCUUUCUACUCCCCACCUUCCCUCUCCUCCCUCCUGCGGAACCUCCUCGCAGCCGACGCCAAUGGCUCGGUCUCCAUCUAUGACGUCGACCCCUUCGUGCAGCUCAAAUCCGUCAAAAUUCACAAAAAAUCGAUCAAUUCGAUGUCCGUGCAUCCCUCGGGUAAGAUAGCGCUGACCGUCAGCCACGACCAGUGCAUGGCGCUGGUCAAUUUGGUGCGAGGAAGACGGAGCUUCUACUCCAAGAUCGGCAAAGAAGCGUCGCUUGUGCAAUUCGAUGAAAGCGGCGAUGAAAGGGGUCGCCGCUGA